CGUUAAAUUGUUGGUGCAUAAUUUUAUACACCGCCUAAAGUGAUUCUAAAACCCAAAUAAUUGUGUAUUAUUUAUGUUAUACUUUGUUGUGAGAACACUUGCAUCCGGCGCGACAGGCUGUCUCUCCUCCACUUCCACUUUCACCCAACUGAAGACUAAACGAAAAAAACAGAAGGCUCGUAAACGGGCGCUGUACAACAAUAACAACAUUUUAUGACGGUCACAUAAUAACAUCGAAAACACCCACCACCCAACACCGCCCACAAAAAGACCGAAGGCGAAAAAGGCGAUGCAAAUUACGUGGCACAUGAAGCGUCAAAGCGUUUGAUUUGAUUGUCAGCGGCAGAAGAGAGUUUACACCUCCCACCCACUGCUCAGCGAGUUCGGCUCUCGAGCAGAUUGAUUGAUUGACAGAUUGGCCAGGGUUCUAAGGUCAGGCAAAUCCUUCGGCCGAGCGAUGAACAAGAAGUCGCCCCUGCCGCUGGCGGCAUUUCUUGGCGGUGAUGGAAGCGGCGGCAGUGGAAAUUGUGCCGCCAGCGGCAGCAGCAAUGUUGCAGCAACGGCGGCAUCGGCAGCGAAUGGUUCCGGCGGACGAGGCGGUCGGCAGGCAUCGACGGGGGGCGGGACGUCGGGCGGAGCCUCCUCAAAGUCGGAUAAGCAGGCGGGACGGGAGGCGGGCGGCGGAAGCGGCGGGAGCCUGUGCGGCUGCCAAAAGGCGCCCAAAUCGCACUGCAUAUCAGCAACAGGCGUGCUUUUGUUGGUGCUGCUCUACACCGCCAUGGGCUCAAUUGUCUUUGUGACUCUCGAGGGCGAGUUGGAGGAUGGUGGCACCCUGGAAACCGCGGUGGCUGCCUCCAAGCCCUAUCCCCGCACCGAAAUGGCCAACGCCGAUAUACGAUCCAGGACUGUGGAUCGUUUGUGGUCGAUAACGGAGGACCUGAAUAUAUUGUACAAGGAGAACUGGACUCGCCUCGCCGCCCAGGAGGUGCAGCUUUUCCAGGACACUUUGCUGCGAGCGGUGCGCCAGUCAAAGGUUUAUCCCCCCGGCGGCAUUCAGCUGAAUGCGCCCACACACAAAUGGACCUACGCCUCGGCCUUUCUCUACUCCCUGACAUUAAUUACGACGAUAGGCUAUGGCGGCAUCUCACCGCGGACGCAGUGGGGCCGGGUGGCGGCCCUCGUGUACGCCCUGUUCGGCAUUCCCGUCGUGCUGCUCUACCUGUCCGCCAUGGGCGAGGCCCUUUCGGCGGGGAUGCGCUGCCUGUUCCGGCGCCAGAGGGUCAAGGGCGGUCCGGGCGGGGGCGGUCCGGGCGGAGGCGGUGGAGGAGCCGCCGGCGGCGUGGGCUCCGGUGUCGGCGGCGUCGGCUCCAACGGACGGAAAACGGACAAGACCAAGGGCCAGGGGCACUAUGGCCACCAGAAGCUGCACCAAUACGGCCUGCCGCCGUCUGUUUACCAACAGCAGGCGCAGCAGCAGCAGGCACAGCAGCAGCAGGCGCAACAGCAGCAGGCGCAGCAGACGCAGCAACAGCAGACGCAGCAGGGCAAGAAAUCCUCUGGCAACCGGCGUGGCUCACCCAGUGUGCCCAUCUCCAUAUGCGUGUGCGUGCUCCUCUGCUACGUGAGCAGCGGGGCCAUCCUGUUCCACAAGCUGCAGAACUGGAGUGUCCUGGAGUCGCUCUACUUCUGCUUCACCUCGCUGGGCACCAUUGGCUUCGGCGAGAUGGCGCCCAACGGGGCGCUGGCCCUCUACACGGCCUCCGCCUACAUCCUGGUGGGCAUGGCCGUGGUGGCCAUGUGCUUCAGCCUUAUCCAGACGGAGAUUGUCCUCUGGCUGCGCCGCUUCAGUGUCCAGGAUCAUGUGAUGCCCAAGGCCGAGGAGCUGGCCCUCGUCACCGUGGCCGUCACCCCCAAACCCUCCUGACAGCGACCCAGUGCGGAUCCCAGUUUGGGUGUGGGUGUGGGUGUGGGUGUGGGUGUGGGUGUGGGCGUGGGCGUGGGUCUUGGACAGCCACAAAACAAUUUGGGCCAGCACCAGACCAUGUUCUUUGGACCUGCGCACACACUCACACAGUACAGCUCGCUGCCGCGAAGGAGUCAUUUGCAGGCGGGGGCCCACAUGUCCGGCGGCGGAGGAGGAGGAGGAUCCGCCUUCCAGCGGAACACGCCCAUCCGGCGAUCGACGGGCAUACCGGAGCACCAUCUGGAGUACUUUGUGCCGCGCAGCAUCAGUGAGUUCAAUCUGUCGGGGGUGGGCGAUCUGGCCCUGCCGCCACCACGCCGAUUUUCACCCAAUAUGGUGGGUGGCAUGAACAUGGGUGGUGGCAUGGGCAUGGCCAUGAAUAUGGGUGCUGGCAUGGGCAUGGGCAUGGGCAUGGGCAUGAAUAUGGCUGGCAUGGGCAUGGGCCUGCCGCAUGGCCUCCAGUUGGGACCGCCGCAGACGCUGCUCUGCUCGGCCACGCCCACCGUGCAGCAACAGCAACAGCAGCAGCAGCCGCCCCCGCCGCCGGCACAGCUGCAAAUAGUGACCCUAAAGCCACGCAGCGAGAAGAUGGUGACCUUCGAGGAUGAAUCAAAGCAGGCAGUUGGAGGAGGAGGAGGAGGAGUGGGAGUAGGAGGAGGAGGAGGAGGUGCGUCCGGUUCCGGAACCCCACCGCAUUGUCCGCACGGAGUGCCCACAACUCCGCGAAAAUCAGCAGCGGUAGUGGGCGAUAUGUUCAUGUGACCAGGAGCCCAGGACGAGGCGGCCCAAUUGGAUGCGGCCAUGCGUUUGCGCGACAGCAUCGAUGAUGCACUGUGUCCAAAAGCUGGACCGGCGCCAGGUGAAGUGAUACGCGUCUAAAAUAAAAUAUAAAAAAAACUCCUACACAAAAAAAAAAAAAAGUACACACUGUAAGUAAAUGCACACAUACACACACAUACAAAAACUCCAACGGAAACGGAAAUGGAAACGUAACUCCUCCCAGAAAAAAAAAAAAAAAGGAAAAUCAAAAGCAAGAAAAAAACAUAGCCUACUUUCGAGGGCCCACUACUCUCAACUUGAAGUUCAUCGUGUUUUUCUGCAUACAAGCAUUAAUAAAACAUUGAGCAAACAUUUAUUAUUAUGUGUGUAAAUAUAGCAAACAAAACCCACAAAGAAAACAAACAAUUAAAGUUGAGUCGUAUGUUGCGACUGAAUAAAAGAGAGAGUGAAUUAAAAUUAAAAUUCAAAAUGAUAAAUGCAUAAAUAAUUGAAUGCUGUUUAAGGGCAUUUUGCCGUUAAUGCCGUAAAGCACAAAUCCAGAAAUUAAUAAAUACACUCGCUCACACACACACACAUACACCUAAAACUAUGAAUAGUAAAUAGUGCAUGGGCGUGGCAUUAGAUGGGAGUGUGGCAAGUAGAGCAAACAAAAUGCAAAUGAAAAUGACAAAUUGUAUAAAUACCAAAGGACAAAGUUUAUUUAAGCGAUUUGUUAGUUAGUAGCUCUCUGCUUUUUUUUGUGUCCCUUAUGAACGUGGAAUUUCAAUUACUUUUAUUUAUUGCUUUGUAGGCAAAUGUAUAUUUCUGGUAGGAGCAUUUUUGUUGUUUUGUAGAGAAUUGUUUUUACAUUUAUUAAUAACUUUUGUGCCAAGCUAAAUAAAUGCCAAAAAUGUCAAUUUUUGUUGGGAUAAAAAUUUUAGUAGAAAUGUUUUUUUGAAAUGCUUUGCGAGUUUAUUGUAUAGGCAAAAUAGUAAAAUGCUAGCAAUGUUUUUUAUGGACUUCAACUAUCUUUUAAACUAUUAUAUAGUGCCAAACAAAGUGUAAAAAAACAGCUUGCAUUUAUAAUUGUUGUUUUAAGUAAGCCACUGUUUUUGUUUUUGUUUCAAUAUAACAAAAAUACAAUUAAACAAUCGAACUGUUAUACUGUUUGUAUACUCUGUACUUUAUGCUCAAAGUGUUAAGUGUGUAUAUGAAUGUAACAUAUAUGUGUAUGUGCCAAAAGAAAACCGCAAGUAUUGCCACAAUAUAUGCGUAUAUUGUUAAUAUCUCUGUCGACUUUUAAUCGGUUAAAUGCCACGUACUAGCGAUCAACGAAUUACCAACGAUUUAUCCAAAACUUCCAUGGCAUUUUGCUUGAGUGUUCCGCUUUUUUAGCAUGCCCGUUUUCCACCAAAUUUCCAUCGCUUUCCAACCCGCCCACUGGCAAUUAGGUUUAAAUACUUUUUAAAUACAUUUUGAUUGUAGGUAAUUGAGCGCGUGAAUGGCCAUUUGUUGUUUGUUUCUGUUGGUUUUGGCCUUGUUUUCUGCGUUCAGUUUUCGGUUUUUUAGGUUAGCUGUUUUGCCGUGUCAGGACAUUCAAAUUGGAGGGCUGUCAAGCGAGCGGAGCUCAUUUGAACGCGCUUUUGUUGCUUUGUUGUUGCUGCUCUGUGGCGUUUCAUUUAAAACAAAUUCAAUUUUAGCCACCGCCCCCACCGAGUGGGCGUGGUCGCUGAUUGCAUUUGUUAAUUUUUGCCAUGUUCAAUUUGUGGCAUUCAAUUAAAAUAGUGAAAUUAAACCAGAUAGGAAGGCUAGUCGUUACUCGUAUGACACAAAGCAUAACAGACACAGAAACCGAAACCGAAACCGAAACCGAAACUGAAAGAUAAAUAAAUAAAUAAAAAAAUACAAGUGCAUAAAAAAUGCAGGACAACCUUAAAUUUAUGGGUUGUGAACCUGCAGAAACUAAUUGCAAAGCUCCAACUUGUGUCAUAGCAUAAGCCAAUUCAGAUAUAUGUCUAUGUAGUUAAUAACUGACUAACUAACAGCCAAACAGUACGGUCAUACAAAAGCGGUACAGCAAAUAUUGAAAUUAAGCCAAUGUAAUUAAAUUAAGUCCACUUCAACACGCAUUCACACACACACCCACACACCCACACAACCACAGACAAAUUAAUGCCAUCAAUUAAAAAUAGAAAAACUAAAUGUAAUGAUAGAAUUUUUUUUUUUUGUCAAAUUCCUAGCACGGUAAGUUGAACUUUUAGGCUAACCGCAUAUAGGCCAAUUGCGAGUGGCAGUUAAGGAUACAUUACUCUAAUUCAUAUGUACUCUUAGUCCACUAGAUACAUAUACAUAUGCAUAUACAUAUAGAUAUGUAGCCGUACACAAAACGAAACUAAUCUAGCAUUGAGAAAGGCAAAUAACAAAUAAGAAAUACCGCAGUUCGCAUCAUAUAAAUGUAUGUAUACAACAAACAUCUCUCUCUCUCUCUAUAUAUAUAUAUAUAUAUA